UUGGUCAGAAACUGAAAAAACGAAAUUUGGUGUUGUGCACGACCACGUUGGCUUCCCUCUUCCCUCCCUUCUCAAAAAGCUCUCUUCUUUCCACUCGAUUUCUGAUCUGGCAUCUCCGCCACCACUCCUCAUUUUCCAGCUGCACCAAUGGUAGCAACACCGCUCCACCUCCCCACCUCCGCCGUCCUCCUCCUAUUCUUCUUAGAGAUGGAGCUUUGGUGUCUGGUCUCGCCCAAUCCCAGCAGCCCCGCCCCCCUUCUCCACUCACUCCCAGCCAUGGUCUUACCUCUCUACCACUUCACUCCCAAUUCGUCGUCCCGGACCUCAUCGUUAUCCAAUCCUCGGCGCCUACUCGGGAGAUCGGAGUCCCUCAGCCGGCCCAAUGCCCGCAUGAGCCUCUACGACGAUCUCCUCCGCAACGGGUACUAUACAACGCGGCUCUGGAUCGGAACGCCUCCGCAGAAGUUUGCUCUAAUUGUGGAUACCGGGAGCACUGUGACUUAUGUACCUUGCUCUUCUUGCAAACAGUGCGGCAGACACCAGGGUCUUCUGUUGAUUUCAAAGCCGUUAGUUGCAGCUAGCUACAUUGACCCCAAAUUUGAUCCAGAAGCCUCGAACACUUACCAAGCUGUCAAAUGCAACAUAGAUUGCAAUUGUGAUAAUCAGAGGGUGAAUUGUAUUUACGAGAGGCAAUAUGCCGAAAUGAGUAGUAGCAGUGGGGUGCUUGGUGAGGAUCUUAUAUCAUUUGGCAAUCAAAGUGAACUACCACCUCAACGUGCAGUUUUCGGUUGUGAAAAUUUUGAAACUGGUGACCUUUACAGCCAGCCUGCUGAUGGCAUAAUGGGAUUGGGCCGUGGUGAUCUUAGUGUGGUUGACCAACUAGUUGAUAAAAGUGUAAUAAGUGAUUCUUUCUCAUUAUGUUAUGGUGGAAUGGACAUUGGUGGAGGUGCAAUGGUUCUUGGUGGUUUUUCAGCCCCAUCAGACAUGGUCUUCACUCAUUCAAACCCAGUACGAAGUCCAUACUACAAUAUUGAUUUGAAGGAGAUGCAUGUCGCGGGAAAGCGAUUGCCUUUGAAUCCAAAUGUCUUUGAUGGAAAACAUGGAACAGUCUUGGACAGUGGUACAACAUAUGCAUACCUACCAGAAGCAGCAUUUCUUGCAUUUAAGGAUGCUAUCAUGAAAGAGCUUAAUUCCCUCGAGCAAAUCCGUGGCCCUGAUCCAAAUUAUAAGGAUAUCUGUUUUUCAACUGCUGGAAGUGAUAUCUCCUACCCAUCAGACACCUUUCCAGCAGUUGACAUGGUAUUUGGCAAUGGGCAGAAGCUGACACUAUCUCCUGAAAAUUAUUUAUUCAGGCAUUCAAAGGUCCCGGGUGCAUACUGCCUGGGGAUUUUUCAAAACGGAAAGGAUCCAACUACUCUUCUUGGAGGAAUUGUUGUCCGCAAUACUCUUGUAACGUAUGACCGUGAGCAUUCCAAGAUUGGUUUCUGGAAAACUAAUUGUUCAGAGUUGUGGGAAAGACUUAACGAAUCUGUUUCGCCUCGGCCAAUGCCUCCUGCUUCAGAUGAAAAGAAUUCAACUACAGAAGGAAUGCCUACAUUAGCUCCAAAUGGAGCACCAUCUUAUGCACUUCCAGGGGAACAGAAAAUUGGAAAAAUAACAUUUGACAUGUCAUUGAACAUCAGCUACUCUGAUCUGAAGCCCCACAUCACAGAACUAGCUGAAUUUAUAGCUCAGGAAUUAGAAGUUAAUACAUCACAGGUCCAUUUGUUGAAAUUUACUACCAGUGGAAACGACUCCCUCGUUAGAUGGGCCAUAUUUCCUGCAGGUUCUACUGACAGUAUUUCUAAUACAACUGCGGUGGGUAUAAUUUCCAAGCUUUCCGAACAUCAUUUGAAGUUUCCUGUUAUGUUUGGAACUUAUGAGUUGCUUGGAUGGAAUGUUGAGACUAAGGACAAACGGUCAUGGUGGCAGCGGAGUUAUCUGGUGAUUCUAUCAAUGUUAGGAAUUCUAGUUAUUGCACUAGCAGUUGUUGGAUUUUGGUUUAUGUGGAAACGUCGCCAACAAACAGUCAAUCCCUACAAGCCUGUCAAUGUUGCCGUACCAGAGCAAGAACUCCAGCCCCUAUGAAAAUUCGGGAGUUGUCUUUGCUCGUGGUUGGCACGUCUGCCAUUUGCAUUUUGAUUCACAUGAUAACCAAAACCAAAAUUCUGGAAUCACAAUUUGCUCGAUUGGUCAAGAUUCUUGUGCCAUAUGAUGAAUCAUUCUUUGCAAUACCCAUAAAACCCAGAUAGUAGAACGAGAGGUAUACGUAGAACUACUCACACUUUGGUUCUGUAAACAUCAUUGAAGUUGUAUGUGAAUGUUGUAACAUACAAGUGAAUCAAUAGUUUUCCCCAAUAAGGUCCUUUUUUUUUAGCCGACGUUUAAA